AUGCGCGUACUCGCUAGUCUUCCUCUUCUGGCCAUGGCUGCCCUCCAAGUCGCCGCUGGCGACUUUUCGGCGACAUGCUCUGGCACGUCCUACUUCUCUACCAGCGUCAAGUCCUACUGCAUGGACAAAUACCAGGAGGAUUCCUACUCGACCGACUUGGAUAUGACCAAGUGCCUGGCCAAUGUCGGAGGCAGGAUUGUCUGCCGUCCUUCCAACCCAUCGUUCAAGUUCUGCGACUGUGGUCUUGGCGGCGACAAGAAGCAGAUCUUGAACUGCCGCUGCACUGAUUCCACCGGAACGAAGAGACCUUCGUCCCUGAACCUGGCUCGAGGCGCCAAGGCUGACUACCAACGCUUCACAAACUGUUUUCUUGGCAACGACUCGCGUUAUCAGAUUGCACCUCGCUUUUCUCAAAAGCUCAAUCUCUCACGGGUCACCUGGUCGCUGCGCGCGCCAACGGCAGCGCCAGACCGACCGCCCGCAAUUGCGAUCCAGUAG